CUACAACAUAAUAGGGUUGUCAAACUUUCUCUAUUUUCAUGAAUUUCUUUGAAAUAUUAUGCCUUUAAUUGCUUGGUUCACGUGAUUAAAUUGUUGUUCAAGAUGUCGAUGUGUAUGGCUUGUUGUGCAGACUGUAAGCCACGCUACAAACGUCUCGUUGACAGCAUCUUCCCCACAAACCUCCAAGAUGGCUUAGUAAAAAGUAACAUGGAAAAGUUGACAUUUUACGCACUUUCCUCACCAGAGAAAUUGGAUCGGAUCGGCGACUACCUUGCAAAGAAACUUAGCCAUGAUGUGCACAGGCAUAGAGUUGGUCAUGUGUUUGUUGCAAUGGAAGCUCUGGACCAGCUACUGGUGGCCUGCCAUGCUCAGAGCGUCAAUAUAUUCGUGGAAAGCUUCCUGAAAAUGGUGCAGAAACUACUAGAGUGUGAAGAACCUGAUCUCAAAGUCCUUGCUACAACAUCGUUUGUCAAGUUCUCAAAUGUGGAAGAAGAUACGCCCUCAUAUCAUCGGCGCUAUGAUUUCUUUGUCUCUAAAUUCAGUUCAAUGUGCCAUAACGGGGAUGAAAAUUCUGAAGUAUGCCUAAAAAUUCGUGUGGCUGGUUUGCGUGGUCUGCAGGGGGUAGUCAGGAAAACUGUCAGUGAUGAUUUACAAGUCAAUAUCUGGGAAUCAACACACAUGGACAAGAUUGUGCCGUCACUUUUAUUCAAUCUGCAGGAGAUCAAUGGCUUAAAGGAUCACGACAGCCCUCAUGAUGAGGACAAGCCAGCUGUGGUGGCAGAGAACUGUUUCAGGGAUCUAGUCUGCCGGGCUUCAUAUGGCAAUAUCAAAUCAGUUAUAUCACCAGUACUUAUACACUUGGAUAAUCAUUCACUCUGGGUACCAAAUGACUUUGCUGUCAAAUGCUUUAGGAUGAUCAUGUAUUCUGUGCAGUCGAACUACAGUCAUUUAGUGGUGCAAUUCUUGAUGAGUCAUUUAGAUCGGCACACAAAGAGUGAACCCAAGAUCAAGGCAAGCAUUGUCGAUGUUCUCUCGGAGACGGUGCUCAUUGCCGCAGGAGGUUCAAUAGGUCCGUCUGUUCUAGAAGUGUUCAACACGCUGCUUCGUCAUCUGAGGAUCUCCAUCGACAGCGUGCAGGCUGCAGAUGAGAAACGCUUCCAGGAGGCAAUCAUUAACACAAUCGGUGAAUUCGCCAACAACCUGCCAGACUAUCAGAAGAUCGAAAUCAUGAUGUUUGUGAUGGGGAAGAUGCCAGUGCCAACUGAAGAUGAGCCAGAGGUCAACAGUAGUGACAUACUCUUACAAACCAUGUUACUCAAAACACUACUCAAGGUUGCUACCAAAUAUCGUACCGUGUUACUCGUCAAUGCAUUUCCAUCGGCUUUCCUGGAGCCCCUGCUCAAAAUGUCUGUCGUCAGCGAUAGCGGCAUAAGGCUUAUUGUGCAGAAGAUCCUCCACACACUUCUCGACAGACAUGAAAACAGUGGAGAGCUGCUAACGGUCAGGAUUCCUAAGGACAUUGCUCAGCUUGACCUGUCGAUCGAAUCACCUCCAAGACAAGACAUCAUGUUUAUGAAAAAGCAUGGCAUGUUACUCUGCUAUCAUCUGUACGAGAAUGCCGCCAUGGAAAAUAACAAGAAGGUCGACUUUGAGGCUCUGUACUGUACGUUGGCUUUGCUAUGCAUUGAGACCGGUUCUGAUGAAAUCCUCCCCGAUUUGGUGAAACUCGCAUUGGAGAUUCAGCAACUGGCAACCAAUAACAGCGACUUAACCUUUACUCACCAAUGCAUCAUGCAUGCCAUGGUGGCCGCCUACCUAAAUCUCAUCAGCCAGCUCACGGCCAUUCCGGCUUUGUGUCAACAUGUUACCAAGGUGAUCCAGACGCGAGAGACAGAGGCAGCCCAUCUUCUUCCCGAGACAGCAUUCAAACAGCUUAAGUUACGCAACAGCCCAUCGUCUUCUGAGAUUAAUGAAAUUUGGCUCUUCUCCAAAACUAUGAUCGGCGAAGCCUUGAAGAGUGCAGGUCAUGACACAAGCCGCCUAGACACUCCCUAUGUCAACAAAUUAUCCGGCGUCGGAAUAGAUGUUCCUGACCGAACUGUCAGCAUCAGUGACAUCCACUCUAUGAGCCUUGACGUGGACAGCGUCCAUUCCUCUCCAGGACUCGGACCAAGGGGUCGUACGCGGAGUGACGUCUCUCUUAUGUAUAGGAGGUAUCCAGAGGAACUCAUUACAUAUGAGACAUUAAAAAAAGAGCUGGUUGAGAAUGAUGAGAGAGCCCUAUUGGAGGAGGAGGAGAAGAGCAAAGAAAUCUAUGAGACGUUCAGAAAAGGAACAUUCGAGGAAAUCGUGGCCAAGUCGGAGGCAAAGUCGCAGCAAUUUCAUAACAAACUCAACGAGAUCCUGGAUAUGAUUACCCAGUCGAAUGAGAACUUAACCAGCGUCACAAUGGUACAAGAUCAGAAACCGAAGCUCCCCCAGGAGGAAAACAGCAGUACUAAUGUGUUCGAAAUGCAGUUCCCAGAUCUGUUUGUGUAUUGAGGUGAAGGCAAUAUCUCAUAUUGUAUGUUAACAGCAAAACCAGAAGAAAUUGUGACUGUCUGCAGAAUGGAUGAUGAUGGUAAACGUUGUGUGGUUAAGCCGUGCCAAUUUUAUUGUUUGGUUAACGGACUUCUAGCUACCCCAAAAUGAAAAUUUCAAAUAAAAUGCAUGCUCUGCCAGCAUGAGGCAUGUAAAUAGAACUGCAAAAGGCAGCUUUAUUUAUGCUUUCCUGAUUAUGUUUGAGUUACCAGCCAAUUUUGCAGCUCACGUUUUGUGUGUAUCAGACUCCCCUCUCUAGAGAUGUUAGUCCUCUGGUAGUAUGGCGUAGUCCACUUAUGUGUUGUAUGGUUUAUAUGCAGAUCUCAGUGUAUUCAUUAUCUAAGUUGACUAAAUAUUGUGAUAAGUAGAUCAGAAGAAUGCUCUAAAAAGAUUGGAGCUGAUGGUGCAAAGGUUCUUAUCAAUGUCCGAAGGCAAAGUCACCAAGUAUUGUCCAUUUGAAAAUAAGUGAUAUUCUUUUGGAUGUACAUGUAGCUUCUUCUGUGUUACCUGUAGGUGUAUAUAGUGUACAUAUAUGAAUCUGAUUGUAGAUAUAGUGAUGUGUAUAACUGUCAUAAUUCAGGAACUGAUACCGAAAUGGUCGUAUUAAGAUACAUGAAAGAGGUUUUAUACCAACCACAGAAGUUCUAGUUGUCUCACCAAAACCUCUGUGGUCAAAGUGGGGCUGAUACAUAACCCAUUAUAAAAGUGCAUCAUUGUAACUAAGGUGUUUUAGAAUUGUGUGUUAUACAUGUAGAUGAAGCUACGUGUUUAUAAGGGAAUAAUCCCCCAUUUCUUCUUGUCAUAUUUUGUUGCAACCAUACACCCUGAUGAAGCAGUGGUAAUUGAAAUGGCAAAAGCAUGCUGUGCAUGAAUGCUGCAAUUGCACACUGCAGAGAAGCAGCGAUGUGUGAUAAUUCUCAUUGUGAUAAGUGAUUAAAAAAAUCACUUGUCUGCAAAAGUGCUUGUGGCAGAAUAGGUUUGAUAUCUAUUGUCGUUAUAGCAAUAACCGAUUCCUGUCGCAGGCCCAAGUGAUUGAUGUUACACGUGAUAAAACUUGCUAGUCUGUAGUGUAUUACCAGAAGUGUUGGAACUGAAACUAAUAUACAAUGAUGUCAAAACUUCCCCAGUUUAUGAUCUCUUGUUUGUUAAUACCUUAGUUAGGUUUUAUCAUCGUCAUGAUUGUAUAAGAGGUCGGUUGUUUAGUAGCUCGGGUCUCCUGACUUGCGGUCGAUAUCUUGUACACAAUUUCCACUAUCAUUUGUUAAGAUGGUACACCUUUAAAGGUCUACGCCGUUCGUUAAAAAAAAUUUGAAUUUGUAAUUGAAUUUUAAAAUGUCCAAUUGUGGAAAUAUAUACUAAUUAUAAAUUUCAACACUGUCAUUGUGUAGAGUCCUGAUAUACAAAUACUAUGAAUACCAAGUUUAAACAAAUUAGUACUCACAAUAACUGUGCUACCGCAUUGUGUAUUAGUGGAUUUCUAUUUAACUGGACCACAAGUAAUUACGAACGGUGUACCCCUUUAACAAAUUUUGGUUGGCACUAUCUGCCUCUGUGAAUUUUGCCUGAUUAAAUACAAAAUGAAGAAUUUAAUAUUUCAUACAGAAUAGUUGUGUGAUAUUCAAUAUCUUGAUGUUAUUACAUGUAUGUUUCAUAGCAUCCCCUAUAAUGGACCUUUUGAUGGUUUUAAAAAUAUUGUAAGCCCGUAAAUUAUCAUGUACAGAACUGCAAAAUGAAAUUGAAUAAAUGAAAUAAUAAUAUAAUUAUAUGAUAAUAUUUCUGGAUUUACAGUGCACUUAUUUAAACUGUACGGUUUAGUGUUUCCAUUAUAGGCCGUUGGGUGAUGGACAUUUGAUGUAAUGGUUAAAGGGAACUGACACCGCCCAGCCAGUUCGUAUGACCUCGUUUUCAUUUCCCGCAUAGCGGGUGAUCAGAACGAGGCAUGAAUAAAACAUGGCGCCUAGCUGUCAAUCAUUGAGUGACGUCACUACUAUGGAAUUUACUACGAAAACUCAUGAAUGAAAGAUCGCAUGACUCACGGCUGUUUUCUCGGAGUACAAGUCGGCCAAAUGUUGGGCAACUUCAUCAUUUGUCUUCAAAUUCAACUCCUUCCAUAUUACUUUCCAAAUCGCCAGCGUCUCACGCGAAAUCCAUAGCCGCUGAUCGGCUUUUGAGACCUUUUUUGGUCGCCCCAUUACGCAAACUUUCGACAUGAUUCUCAAUAAUAACAAAUUGAACUGCGCAUGCUCGGGCACUGGGGGCGGAGCUACAAAUCUGAACUCGAACAGGAAGUCAGAAGUUUGACUUUCUCGGGCGGUGAAAGUCGAAAAGUUAGCUGAACCGCUGGGCGGUGUCAGUUCCCUUUAAGAUAUCUCACCAAAUCAGGCCAGUUUUAGCAGGGCUUUGAUGGAGAGUAUUUUAGUAACGAUGCAAAUGCCCGCUGUGAGAGAAUGCUUUAAAUUAACAAGUUGUUCGAGUUGUAUUUUGAAAAGUUCAGCAAGUAAUAUGUCUCAUUCAACUAGAAUCCUAAGACGGGGGGCGGGACCGCUUAUGGGAUGAUUUAGUCACUUUUGUUGUUGUGCAUUUAUAAUAACAAAACCAGUUAAUGAUUUUUUUAACUUCUUUAAGAAGUUUUUUUUUAAUCGCGACCUUGUGUAUUUCGUUUUUAUUCUCGGCUGUAGCAAUUUAUAUUGAGGUGUUUGUUAAUUUUCUUAAAGAUUUUCUUGUGCAGUCUUAUUCUGCUUGUUCAUAAGUUAAGUAGCUCUGAUAAUCGAAUUUUUGUCAUUUAUUUCUAAUAACAUGAUGAGUGGGGUAUUCAAACACUUGAGAAUUAUUCUUUACCCAGUUUUCCUUGUUGUCAAGAGACACAUUUAUCGCCACAUUUCAACAAACAUGAAAAAUUGAUAUUAACCAAUUAAUGAUAUCUUGAUGAGGUUCAUCUGUUAGAUAUUCUGUAGAAAAUAAACGUUUAUCUUGUAAACGAAACAGU